AUGCUUUCAAAAACGGAACAACAAAUGACAUUCUUUGUGGAUGGAAAUUAUCCUCAAAAAAAAAAGAACAUGCAAGAACAGUCAAAAACAUCUACACCAAAAAAAAAAGAUACUGCUAAUUUAACACAGGUUAAUGUACAUGAUACAAGUAUAAGCACGUCAGAAGAUAUCUCAAAUAAAGAAGAAACGUGUUCUGAUGGUUAUGAUCCUAUUAAAAAUAUUGCUAUAUGUGAAAAGUCUAUUAAAGAAUAUGAAUCACUGAUGAAAACAUGCAACGACAGUAUUUUAGUUGAUUAUUAUGUAAAAUCUGCUAUGAAAUUACGUGAACAAAUUUCACUGUUAUUAGAAAUUUACAAUAAAAAAUUUAUGAAUGAUAAAUUAUCUGAACAAGUAAAAUGUGUAUCAGAAAAACUUAAUUAUCUUCUGAAACAAAAUAAUGUUCGUUUGAAAGAGAAUUUAGAUUGUUGGGAGUCGAGCUCAAGUAGAACUAAAGACGAACAGGAUGAUUUCAAGAACAAGCUAAUAAUAUAUUAUAAAUGUGGCGCACAAAAUAUGAAACAAAUAAAAUGUAUGGUUUUAAAUAAGUGGUUUGACCGUUGUAUUGUACGUGCAUCACAUAUUUGGAAAGCAGCGACCAAAGGUGUGGGAUUAAAUGAAUUUCAAUUACAUGAAAGUGAUAUUCAUAAUGAAAGAAAUGGCUUGCUAUUAUAUGAAUCUAUUGAGAAAGCAUUCGACAGUAAAAAAUUAUGCUUCAUUUAUAAUCCAUUUGCUGGUACUUUACAAGUUAAAAUCCUGUGCAAUGAUCUUAAAAAAAUAUAUAUAGUGGACGAUGCAAAGAGAAAGAAUUUUAAUGAAUUUAGAACGUUCAAUGAUAUUGAUAACGCCGUUCUGAAUUUACCUAUUGAUGUUUUUCCAUAUAGACGGCUGCUAAAUUGGCAUGGACGAUGUUCAUACAAAACGGCCAAGGCAAACAAAUGGAUGGAUGAAAAUGAACAUUUAGAAGAUUUUUUUCAUUUGUCAGAUUUAAUAUCAUUACCAGGUGAUGAUUUUGAUGAAUAA